AUGGAAGGGGUGAAAGGAACGGUGUGUAUUACAGGUGGAGCAGGGUACAUUGCCUCAUGGUUGAUCCAGAGACUCCUUCAACAGGGCUACUCUGAGACUGGAGCUUCAGAAAACACAUUGAAUGUGUUUUGGGCAUCUGUCAGUUCUUCAAGGUUACCUAUUAAUCCAUUUUCUUCUUUUUCAAAACCAGAGUUCGAGGAAGACGUAAAUCAUCUUAAAAUCCUACUGGGUGCAUCCGAGAAGCUCCAAAUCUUUGAAGCCAAUCUCGACAAACCCGACAGCUUUGAACCUGUAACCGAUGGCUGCAUAGGAGUCUUUCACGUCGCACAUCCCAUUGAUUUGGAAGGGAAGACUCCAUUGGACACUGUGCUUAAAACAUCAGUAGUGGGAACGCUAGGCAUCCUCAAGGCAUGCCUGAAUUGUAAGAUGGUGAGAAGAGUCAUUUACACUUCCUUUGCCUCGGGCUGCUUUUACCAUCAACAAGGACAUUGGGAGAUUGAAGAAAAAGUGUGGACAGAUGUGGAUUUCUUCAGGGCAUUUAAUCUUCCUGGCACUGCGUAUGCUGUUUCUAAGACCAUCAUAGAAAGGGAAGUUCUUCCGUUUGCUGAUGAACAUGGAUUAGAUGUUGUUACAGUGCUUCCUUCCAUGCUCAGAAUGUCUAGUGUUAGCACCGAUAGCCUUUUUGACCUAAGUGAGGAGUCCGUCGAGGCCGACGUGGGCACCUUGACCCAGGUCGAAGAGUUGGGUCCUGCUGGGGCAAGUGUUUUGGCUCAUGGUUCUGAUUCUAACCUGUCCAAGACGAACGCUUCAAGGCAAGAACACAAGGUUUUUGGGAAGGAAGCCUCAACUUUGUGCCGCUCUCGGGGGCUAGAUCGCUUCGGUCCUUCUGUCAUGAUGGCUGAAAGACUCCGGGCACUGGCUGCUCGCUACAAAUUUCUCGACGACCAUGUGUACAGCAUCCCCCCUAGGGAGGUAUCCUUGGGACCAUGA